AUGAUAGUCGACCCAGCUAUUUUCGCGUAUACUUUUCCCCACAAGAGAAAACUUCACUUUUGGGCAAAGAACUCUCUAUUUAAGAAUCCACAUGCUGCAAAGAUAUUGAAGAGUUCAGGUGUAGUGCCGGUAGAUCGUACCACCAAGAAUAAUAAAGCUCUGUUUGCAUCCACAUUUGAGGUGCUUAAACUGGGCGAAGUCGUUGCAGUAUUUCCCGAAGGUACUUCACAUUCAGGAAGCAAAUUGUUGGAUUUAAAAGAUGGCACGUCUUGGGCAGCAUUAGAAUACGCAAAAUACAUUUCUGAAAAUUCUGAAUCAGACGAUGAUUCUCACGAGAUAAAGCGGCAGGCGACACCAGCGCCCGUCGUGAUCUCCCCGCUUGGAAUAACAUACGUGCAAAAGUCAAAAUACAGAAGUUUGGUUGUUGCAGAAUACGGCCCCCCCAUCGAUGUUAUGCCGUACUUGGAUGACUUUAUAAAAGAUGCGCGUACCACGGUUAAGCGUCUGACUAGACGUAUUGAGACAGAAAUGUACAAGCUGACAAUAAAUGCUAGUGAUUGGGAAACUAUGAACGCAGCUGUUAUGUCGCGACGGCUAAUGUUUUCCGAUGACAGGGAUGUUGCAUUAGAAGACUUUGUUAAAAUAACUCAGAGUUUAAUCAACUUUUAUUCAACGGACUCGGCCGAUAAUGUCGACAAACUAAAAUCGCGACUGAAUCAGUACAAAACUGCUCUAGAUGAUUUAUCGCUCUCUGACACUGACAUUGCACGAUAUCAAGAGCGUGACAUUAACAUUCCCGGGGCAGGCUAUACUCUCUUCGCUCAUGUCUUCAAAUGUAUUAUUCAACUGCCGUUCUUCCUUCCUGGUCUCGCAUUCCAUUGGCCUAUAUACGUUGUGGGGAAACUGUCAGCCAAGUAUGAGAAAUAUGAAGAGUCUAGAGCACAGAAUAAGAUUAUGUUGGGACUGAUAUGGUUGAUUCUUUCGUAUACGAUUAUGUUUUUUGCUGUGUGGCUACUAUUGUUUUUCACACCGUUGGGAGCUGUGCUGGCGGGAGCGGUGGUAUUUAUCUUUGCAUGGUAUCAUGUCAUCCUUGUGGACAGUCAUUACGACACGUUUAAAGAUGUCGUUUCAUCAUAUCGAUUGCUGGCCGCUUUAGCCAGUGGUAAAGGCAGCACAUCUCAUGAACAAGUGGAAGGGCUGGUGCUGACGCGGAGGCAAUGCCUCUAUGAUUUAUCCAAUAUCUGCGAUAAAUAUGCUUUGAAAAGUGAUGAUCUCCGAUAUGUCAUGGACUAUUACAAUCAAGUGAAAUCGGAAAAGCUUUAA